UAGUUGAUACAGCUAUUCCCAUUCGAGUCAACAUGUUUGCUAAAACGUUUGUCGUUGCUAUUAUCCUGUGCGCCUGUUAUUUGGGCAUGAUCCAGGCCCAACUUCCACCCCCGGUUACUAGUGUUCUUGGGGCAGCCACUCCUGUUCUUGGUGGUGCUGGUGCUGGUUUAGCUACUGGUUCGUUGUUGACACAAGGUUUGAAUACCGCCGGCAAUCCAGGAGGUAUAAUUAACGGUACACCCGGACUCCUGCCUUCAGCAUUAGGUUAACCUUAGAACUCAAAAAAAAAAAAAAUAAGUAUAUUUGUGCAACACUUUAAACUGUUUGUCAAUUUGUGUAUUUUAAAAAUCUUAAAAAUGAUAUAUUUUUUUGUUUAAAUAAAGUAAAGAUUCAUAAAAUU